GAGUGUCCCGGGUCUACCGACCGAUAAUGCACCUCGCCGCCUCUCUGGUCCUGCUCGCCUCCUGCCAGGCCGUCGCCUGGUUCGCGCUCUCCCAGCCGCGGUCUCCCAUCUUCGCUCUCGUCCGCUGGUACGUCGGUCGCUUUCCGGGAGGCAGGGCGCACGUCCUGCAGCGCGCGCGGGCGGACGGCUCUGGCUCCGUUGCGGCGAGGAGCGAGGAGGAUGCGAUGUUCGCGCACUGCAUGGAGUACCUCAUCCUUGCGCAUCACGGCUGUGGCGCCGGCAUCGCGCUGCUGUCCUUUCUCCUUGGCAGCCCGCGGCUCUUCCUGCUCGGACUCAGCUUUGAGAUUGGCGAGGGCGUGCAGCACGCGCUCCAGAUCGCCCACGCGCGCGCGUGGCCUGCGCGCGCGACCGCUCCCUUCCACUCCGCCGACGCGAUGGCCCUCGCGCCGUACAUCCUCCUCCACCACUCGCUCGGCCUGCUCGGCGGCUCUGUGGCGCACUUGUACCUCUCGGACAACGCUGACGUGCAGCUGCUCACGGCGCUGCUCCUCGGCGCGGCGCUGCCCUACUACACCACCCUCCCGCUCGUGCCCCUCCGCCCGAGCGACCGCAUCGCCCGCGUCGAGCUGCUCGUGCAGGUCUGCGCCUUCUCCUUCAUCGUGUGGACACGGUUCGUCCACUUUCUGCCGCUCGCAUGGCGGCUCGCGCCCGCAAUCUGCGAGGCGCACGGCCCGAUCGCCGGCCGGAUUACCGGCACCUCCUUCUGCCUCUUCACCGCCUUCAACGUCGCCGCCCUGCUCCGCGGCGCAAAGAGCCUCGCCGCUAGCUACCGCGCCGCGCAGUCGCCGACGACGGCCCGGCGGCGCGCCUCCGGCCCGCGGACGUCCGCGGUGCGGCGCGCCUCGCACUCGCUCGAGCUGCUCUCCGGCGCGUUUGUCGACCCGCUCUCCUCGCUCCGCCUCUCGCGCGAGCUCGCGCGACCGCUCACCGUCUCCCACUUUUGCGCGCGGCUCAAGCUGCGCAGCGGAGGCUCGCGCGGCUGCCUGCAGGACGCGCUGCGGCCCUCCUCGCCACCGCCGUCGCCUCUGCUCUCCGCGUGCGACGCGAGGAGGCCGAGCCGGCCAGAGGCCCAAAUGCCAGCGGCCCAAAAGGCAAAGGCGAGCUGAGGAGGAUGCCUCCCGGGCGUGCGGGCAGACUAACGCGUAACGUGAAAGUAUCAUGGUUUCCUUUGGGGGGGAGGGGGGGGGGGGGGGG